AUGGACUACUCGCUUUGCGAUAACUUCCGUUGGUUUGAUGACAAUGGAGAUCUUGACCUAAGGCUGGACGAGUAUCACGCGCAUGUUGCUAAGACGUUGCCGAACUCGCCGCCUCGAAGGCGGCCUUCUCUUCGAACGGCACUGUCGUUUAAUCCAGACGUUUCAAUUCGACAACCAACAUCGGCAGUGUCGCGUCAAAAAGCGCAAUCCGCGCGUCGAUCCUCGACGUUUCCGACAGCGCCGAUGAAUAUCACGGCUCGUAAUUCAAGUUCUCGACCGUCAUCGAGCCAAAGUCAAACCCAUGUGCCUCGAUCUUCCACGUCCAGUAUCGAUCCAUCAGCGCAAUAUUAUCAGGACCCUGAGGCCCGCCUCAAAUUGCGGGUUUACCUGGCCUCUCCGCAAAACUUUGAUGAAGCUGUUGAGUUUGGUUUUCCGGCUCAAAACAAUGAGAGAACCAUGCCAGCCGAACGCAAAACGAAGCCUCCAAUGUUUACUGGCACGUUCCUCGACGAGGAGGACACGUCAGUUUCAGACGAACGAUGUGAUAAGCGGAUGAACGUAGCUCGACUCUCAUAUGUGCACAAUUCUCGCUCAUCAGACUCUGGACGCCCAUAUCCAAGGCACCAGUCAUGGCUGCUACCUCCAAGACCUGGCAACCAGCAGAAUACUGGUAGCAACCGCGAAAUGACCCUGAAGAUGACGCUGACGAGACCCGACCUUCGGACGACCGUGCCACCACCCAGGGUGGACCCACUGAAGCUGCCACUGGAGGAUAGCGGUUCCCAUCUAUGGGGAUCCUGUGAGGACGAGCAAGGGUUGAUGAAGAAAAUGUGGCGUAAGUUUCGGAAACAGAAAUGCUGA